GUUGGUCUUGAGCGUUUCUCACAGAAAGCAGCCACGUGCAGCCGACUGCACGGCCUGCUGUGUUAAUGGCUGGGAUGCACAGGGCUGCAGCGCUGGCGUUCUGCUGGAUCUGCUCUUCCUUCCCACAGUGACAGCGGAACGCGGCAGAAAGCGCAGCGAGGCGGCAGAGCAGCAAGGAGCUGACGUACAGAGCGCGGGCUGUGGGGAGAAAAGCAAGAGGAGAAAGAGGGCACCGGGUGUUGGUGUUCCCCCGGACUGCCACGUGGAUCGGUUCAUUCAGUGGCAUCAAGGCUGGACCUGCUUGCAGCGGCUUUGGACACCUCGCCCACGGGAUGGAUGCAUUGCUGUACAACUCCCCAGUGGCCGGGAGAGCUUCUCCAGAUGCUCAUUGCCAACGGGGCUCCCCCGUGAGUGCGGAUCUGGGUGAUGGUGAGGUGUGCGGGCGCUUGGUGAUGUGUCUUUCUGAAUCACGGAGCUCGUGUAGCAACGAUUAGGCCCGCUGCCUUGCUUAUUUCCUUCACUGUUAAGCUUCUCUUUUGGCUUUAGACACUGCUUUAUUUUUUGGUAGCAUUUUGUACUAGGCAGUAAAAUAAGCCUAUCCCUUACGUUGGUGUCUUUGCCCUUCCCGCUGACGCCGUUGAUUGGCACCACGACAUUAGCACACGAUGGGCACGUAACUUGGACGUGGGGGACGUGACUUGAAAGGCCAGCAUCAGGAAGGUCUCCUUUGGAGAGAGACGUAGAGAUUUGGGCUUGUUGAGCGCGGAGAACAGAAGGCUCUGGGGAGGCCGCGUGGCUGCCUUUCGGAACGCGGGGCCUCAAAGAUCACCUAGUUCCAACCGCCUGCAGCGGCCAACAGCGAGCUCAGGCUCUAGGUCAGGUUGCUGAGGGUGCCACCCAGGCUGAACUGGAACACCCGUCGGGACGGGGCGUGCACAGCGUCUGUGUGUGGGCAGCCUGUGCCAGCACCUCACCACUGGGCUGUAAGCAGCCCAGUGCCCGCUGCACACUGAUGUUGGGUUGCUGUGAGCAAUGGGUGCCCGCCCGGGGCCGGGCCGCUCGGCGGGGCAGGGGGCGGCAGCGGGGCAGGCUGGGCCAGGCUGCGGGUUGGACGCGCGUGGAAGAGGAGAUCCCCUCUCCCUGCCGGUGACCUAACAGAGCUCCAGGUGACGCGGGCUGAUGUCACAAUGGGAUGCACUGCAUCACAAGGAUGUGUUUCCUGGGGCAGCGGCAGUGCCGGCACUUCCCUGCAAGGCCUGGGCGCUGCUGGAGCACUGCUCAGGGGCUCUGUCCUUCUGUGGCCAGGAGUCAGGUCAGGGGCAGCAAGGCUGCACCGGGCGACCCUCGGUGACGCGUGGAGGAGCAGGGGCACUUUGCAGAGAACUGUUGGUUGAGGAGCCAGGGAGGGCAUCCUUAGCUGCGAGCCGAGGGCUGCCGGCAAGCGACAUGGAAGGCUGCUGGACUGUGACCAUCAGCUCGGAGCUGGUCUACACGUUCCCAACGCUCCUGCAUCUCUCUGCCGAAGAGAUUGUGGCGAUCUGGGAUGCUGUGUCUGAUUACAUCCUGGAACAGAUGAAGCUGGACAAGGGAGUCCUGGUCCCGGGACUCGGGCUCUUUGCUGCGGUCCGAGAGCAAUUCCACAGCAAAGAAGUGGCGGUGUCGGUCCGAAGACCUGUCUUCCAGCUGGACAUCGGGGUGCUGUGGCUGCAGGACCUCCAGUCGCCCACCGACAUCAUCCCCGACGAUGUCAAGAUUGAGCGGCUGAACUACCGGCAGCUCUCGCGAGCCACCGGCAUCUCGCUGCACGUGGUGCAGCGCUGCGUGCGAGAGACCGUCCUCUUGUACUGUCACCUCCUGAGGAACAAGGCGCACGUCUCAUUCGCCUUCAAGAACAUCGGCGUUCUGACGUACGAGGACGACUUCCUCUGCAUGAGGUUCUUGUACAGCUGCAUUAAAACGCUGGAUAGCAAUGCCAGCCUGACUGCACUGCUCCACAGUAGAAUUUGGCCGGCCCGUUCUGCUGACUUCGGGUCAGAGACCACCGCUCAUGGGAUCCAGGUGUUGCCGAGGUUUCAGCUCGCUGUGAAAAAGAGCAGAGCAGAGGCCGCCGCAGAAAGGAACGCUGCAGUGGCGCGGAAGAUGAGUAGAGGGGGCACUGCCGGCAGGCUGCUACAGAAGCGGAAGACACUUCCCCCCUCCAUGCUGCUGCAAUACCAGGCAGGCUCGAGGCAGCAAGAUGUGGCAAAGAAGCCUUCUGCCAGGAGCUCCGGGAAGUGUCUGCCCUGUGGAAUGAAGCAGACCGCACGUGGCCCGUGUACCAGCAGCAGCGGUUUGCCAGUGCGAGCGUGUGGGCUCCGCGUCCUCCAGCCCAGCCCCGGGGACAGCAAGUGGGGAGAAGGUGGAGGAAGGAUGUGGAUCCUCCGCCGGGAAGUAAAAUGGGAACAGCGACCAAGCUGGCACUGCAUGCCGACCUCCUCUCCCCGCGAGCAGCUCAGGUGCUCCAAAGGUUGGAGCCCCACCUCCAUCAGCAAGAGGCUUUUGCUGACACCGCGGAAAGAAACCGGCAGAAGCUGGAGCUGAAGCGGCAGCUCCCCUGUGCUCGAUGCUCGUACCGCUCCAGAGGGGAAGGUGCUGGCAACAGUGCUGGAGCUGUCGGCAAGGGGGCUGGGAAGCUGUCCGGAUUUCCACCUGUGAAUGGCAAAUCGUAGAAUCAAAGACUUGUAGAAUGGCCUGGGUUGAAAAGGACC